AAGAACACUUUGAUAACUGUCAAGCUUGUCCAAGUAUUUUAGAGUUAUUAAAACUAUUCUGUGAUCAUUAAAUAAAGCAGUAUAAUUUCCAUACACAAUGGAAAAAAUAGUUGUUAAAAAAGAACCUGAAGAAGUAAUAUCCGAUUCGGAUGGUGAUAUUUCGAUGAAUUACGAUAAACCAGGGCCAACCUCUGCUGACCAAGAAAUGCCUUCAACCUCUGGUAUAGCAAUAAAACAAGAAAUCAAAGAAGAAUUGGAUGAUAACAGCAACUCUAUGGUCUACGAUGAAUCAGAAGUGAAAGAAGAACCUAAAACGUUCACUGAUGAUGAUGACUAUUUUGAUGAAGCCGAGCUAGUUGAAGUGAAAUUCGAUUCUGAAGAAAGAAUGCUUCUUUACAAAGGGACCAACAGUGAGGUUGUCAAAGAAAAAUUAAUGCCAAAAAUUGUCCUUCCAAAAGCAGGAAAAAAAUUAAGAAAAAAUCCAGUAUCCGGAAGUGUUAGGAAUAAUUUUGAUGUCUAUGAAUGUAAGCAUUGUUCAAUUCAAUUUUUCAACGAGGAAGCAUUUGAAAGUCACGAGGAACGCUGUUUAAAACCGAGAGUAAGGGUUCACACAGGAAAGAUGUUUGAAUGUGACUAUUGUCCUAAGAAGUAUCAGGCAAAGAGGAGUUUAUUGCAACAUAAAAAAUAUGUUCAUAAGCAAGACGAACAGGACCAACUGAAAUGUGGCAAAUGUAAUUAUCAAACUUUUAUAAAAAGUAAUUAUAAAAAACAUCUAAAAACUCACGAAAAAGAAAAAUAUUUAAAAUGCAAAUUUUGUCAGUUUAUGGCUGCCCAAUUAUCUGCUUUAAAUGCACACAUUCUAAGAAAACAUACCUUCAGAAAUACAGAAAGAAGUAAAACUAAAAUAAUAGGUAAAAUACUUCUGUGCACCAAUUGUCCAUAUUCCACCCGUAUCAAAACACAUUACGAUUAUCACAUAAAAUUGUGUUUGAAAUUAAAAAAUGUUCAAUGGUAUGAAUGUGAUAUUUGCCAUUUUAGAACCAUUCAAAAAUGUAAUUUAAAAAGUCAUAAAAAAAUGCAUCAUGAUAAAUAAAAUAAUUAAAAUAAUUAAAAUGUUUUUAUUAUUAAUAUUAUUUUAAUUUAAAAAAGUUGCAAGUGAUUAAAAAAAAAACAUUUGUAUCAGGUUCGUUUAGUUCGUUAGUUCUUAGAGACUAUUCGCAUGCGCA